CUACGUGAUAAUAAUUUCCAUUUGCGUCAUUGUUUUUGACUACGGAAUUAUAAUUUUCCCCUUCUUUCUAUCAUCAGCGCCUUAAACCAGCUUUCUAUAUUUCUGGAUCAAUUUUACUUGAUCGAAAAUGACUAAUAUACCAGAAAUUAGCUCUUAUGAGGACCGCGCCGUGGAUUUAGUGGUAUCCGUUAUCAAUAAGGCGAAGGAGAAGUUGGGAGAACAUCUCACCCUGAGACAGCUAACUCAAACCCGCGAGAAUCUGACUAAAGAAGGGAAGAUCUCGCUCAAGAAUCUGAGAGAUCCCCUGGUGAAGACCACAGAGGCGUUCCUGAGGGAAACUAUAGAGAAGACGUGGAUGCUGACGAGGACGUUCAUGUAUGUGCUGAACUACCUCGGAGGCUCGCAGGACGAGUGUUCGCAGUAUUACUAUUUUGAGGCAAUAUUCAGUCAACCGACGGCUGCGUACCCGAUCCCUCAGACCACUGCUAGCGUGUUCUUUAGAGUUGAGGACAAGCAUAUUGAGCCGGUGGAGUCUAAGGGCGUUCCCAUUAUGGUGUUUAGGAUAGCUGGUUUCCACACGGACCACGACGUCCGGUUCGUGACGCUCUCCGCGGACUGGAUCCUCGCCGUGCUCAAGAUGAAGAUGAAGCUGUACCAGCGCAUCGAGGAGAUCAAGCUCUUCUGAAUCAACCUAUUACUGUUCUCAUAAUUCAUUGAUUGUGAACUAAGACUUCCAUUGAACUGUGCAAGUAUAUAUGUCCAUCCCAAUUCA